GACCACGCCCACUACGCACGUGACACAACAAGGAAGCAGAGACAGCGCCGUGGCAAAGAAGUUCAAACACAACGUUACAUUGAAGCGAAACGUAGCUAUCUUUUAAAACAGGUGCCACGUGACAAUGAGUCGCAGAUAACGUUCACGCGGCGCUUCGUCAGGGCGACAUGUUGCUGGUGCUCCUUGUGCCGACUUUAACCGCCCUGCUUCCGUUCGGGCACGCGGCGCUUCCUCUCGUCAUCAACACGUGGGCGUUCAAGAACGCGUCGGCCGCAGCAUGGCGCGCCCUGCUGUCCGGGGGCUCGGUGCUGGACGCGGUGGAGCAGGGCUGCGCCCGCUGCCAGGUGGAGCAGUGCGAUGGCAGCGUGGGCUACGGCGGCAGCCCAGAUGAGUCUGGAGAGACCACGCUGGACGCCAUGAUCAUCAACGGGGACACGAUGGAGGUGGGUGCUGUCGCAGACCUGAGGAGAAUCAAGAACGCCAUCGGAGUCGCGAGAGCUGUGAUGGAGCACACGGACCACACGCUGCUGGUGGGAGAGUCGGCCUCCGUGUUUGCUGAAAACAUGGGCUUCAUCGCAGAAGACCUGACUACCAACAAAUCUGUGAAUAUUCUCUCCCAGUGGCUGAAGGGCAACUGCCAACCUAAUUAUAGAAAGAACGUGUUCCCAGACCCGUCCCAGUCCUGUGGCCCCUACAAGCCCAGGGCGGCAGUGAGAGCGAAGAAGAGGCCGCGCCACGGCAACGUCCGCUCCCACGACACCAUAGGGGUGGUGGCGCUUGAUCGAAAUGGUCACUUGGCGGCUGGUACGUCGACCAAUGGACUAACUCACAAAGUUCCAGGUCGUGUCGGGGACUCCCCCAUCGUCGGGGCGGGGGCCUACGCAGACAGCUCGGCUGGUGGUGCUGCUGCUACCGGAGACGGAGACGUCAUGAUGCGCUUCCUGCCGAGUUUCUUGGCCGUGGAGCUGAUGAGGGCCGGGGCAGAUCCCUCUGCAGCCUGCGAGACGGCCCUUUCCAGAAUCAAGAGGCAUUACUCCGGCUUCUUUGGAGCCAUCAUCUGUGCUAACACGACAGGCCAUUAUGGUGCCGCCUGUAACAAAGUCCCCGGCUUCUCCCAGUUUCACUUCGUGGUGUCGGACUCUGAGUCGGGUUCACCUCUUCUCAAAUCUGUGGACUGCAUUUAAAAGCUGUGUCAGGUUCUUAAAAGAAUAAACACUCAAGAUACUGUA